AUGAUUAGCACACUCUGCCACGAUAAGAUGCUGUGCUACAAGAACGCGCAAGGCAACCAGCAUAUGCCGGGCCAGGAGAAAGCGCAGGGCUACGAGAAGGCGCUGAGCCACCCGAGGACGCUGGUCCACCAGGGCACGCCAGGCCACGAGAGCGCCCGAGGCUCGGAGCAGAUCCCGCUGGGACACGAGAAGGCACUGUGCUGCGAGAGCAGGCUGGGCCACGAGUGCGCGCUUUGCCACGAGGAGGCCCUGGGCCACAUGACUUACUACGAGAAGCCGCCGAGCCACCAACGCGCGCUGGGUCGGCAGGACGCCCUGGGCCGCGAGACGACGCACGAGAGCGAGCCGCGCCUCGAGGAGGCGCUGGGCGACCAGAACACGCUGGGCCACGAGAACACGCUGGGCCACGCGACGGCGCUGGUGUACGAGGAGGCGCUGAGUCGCCGCAGCAGGCUGGGCCACCGGCACAAUCUGGGCCAUGAGCAGGCAGCGCGGGACUUGCACGGCGCUGAAGGUGAGCUGGGAGAUCGGGAUGCCUCAGCAGAGCGAUGGGAAUUCAAAUCUUGCGCCGUCGCGAACAAGGCCAAGCGCACCACUGUGGAGUGCGCGCGGUGCGCGUCCAAGAAGGCGUUGGCAGCAAUAUUCUUCCAAGCUGCCGUGGGCGUUCAAUAUUACGACAUGUCCGUGCACGGCUACGUCUUCAGCCGCUUAUGCGACCUGGCGGCCAACGCGACAGCUGGAGUAAACUUCCUGCUCGAGGAGCUGCGCAACGACAAGGCGACGUUCGGCACUUCCUGUUUGGGGAGUCUGAGUUCGAGCCCGCGUGCGAGCCUCGCCUCGUGA